CAUUGCCCCUUCCAAAUUCUUGGGCCACUCUCGUGGCUAUCCUCAAUUCCAAGCUCUCCAGUUAACCACUCUGAAGAGAAACAGAGAGGGCCAGCUGCAACAGAAGCUAGUAGAUAAUUCUUUCAAUUCUCCAAUGGCUGGAAUUGCUACUACUUGUUACUUAUCUCUUUCUUCUACAAGCAAUUCAGGUAGAACCUGGUUGGAAUUAAAACCCCACCAUGGAAGAACCAUCUCAGGGACACCUAUCCGGAGAAGAAAUCUAAGCAUUAGAGCAGAAGUGAAUUUUGUAAAUGCUGAAGAAGCAAAAAAACUUGUAGCAGUUGAGGGUUAUGCAGUUGUUGAUAUCCGUGAUAAAUCUCAGUUCGAUCGAGCUCACAUCGAAUCAUGUUAUCACGUGCCUCUUUUCAUUGAAAACAAAGACAAUGAUCCUGGCACCAUAAUAAAGAGGACUCUGCGCAAUAAUUUUUCAGGCUUAUUAUUUGGGUUGCCAUUUACAAAACUCAACCCUGAAUUUGUACAAUCUGUGAAAAGUCGGUUUUCGCCCGAAAGUAAAUUGCUGCUUGUAUGCCAGGAGGGAUUGAGGUCUGCUGCUGCUGCUGCCAAUAAAUUGGAGCAAGCUGGUUUCCAGAACAUAGCAUGUAUAACAUCAGGGCUUCAGAAUGUAAAACCAGGUACGUUUGAUUCCGUAGGUAAAACAGAGUUGCAAGAUGCUGGCAAAGCUGGUUUGGUGACAAUUCAAGGCAAGAUUUCGGCCGUGCUUGGAACCGUACUCGUCUGUGCAUAUCUGUUUAUAACUUUGUUUCCGGACCAAGCUGAGAAGCUACUUGAGAUGAGUCCAGCAAGGUAGCCCUUGCAGGGGAACCCAAAAUUUUUGUAGUUUCCGCAGUGGCAAUGUCAACAAGGACUUGUAAACAUGAAUUUCUGUAGUUCAUGCAUAUUUUAUUUUG